CCGGACACAGGAUACCUUAGUUGGCUGCGGCGACUUGUAUCUCUCCGAGUACCGACAAAAGUCUUCCCUCCGAUCUUAUUACCCGUUUCUGGUCCUUGGGCGUCUACGCUGAUCCAACUUAAUGCAGGCACCGAAUAGCCCUCACAUAGAGACAGACGCUCUCUCCGAACCUGAGCCACAUGGCUUCAUGCCUGCACGCUGGCAAUGCUCGUGCCAGCAAGGUAUCCCACAGAGAGAGUCGUUAUAAACCUCUCCUCCGGCCCCAGAGAUCCCUUCCCCGACUCUUAUUGACUCAAAGCUCUCUGGAACGCAAUAUACUUUGAAAUCUGCCGUACGAGCCCUAGAAUAGGAUUCACUUCCCUAUACGGACACACACCUUCUUACCUUGCUAAUAUUAUUAAUUUCGAACCUCAUCAAAGCAUUGUUCACCAUGGUUGAACCAAUCGCUAUCAUUGGCUCAGGAUGUCGCUUUCCUGGGGGCUCUGAAACACCAAGCAAGCUCUGGUCGCUGAUCGAAAAGCCCAGUGAUCUAUCUAGUAAACCACCGUCAUCCCGAUUCAAUAUCGACUCCUUCUAUCACCCAGUAGGUACACAUCACGGCACUACCAACGCGACACAAUCCUACUGGCUAGAUGAGUCGGAUCGCACAAGUAUCGCUAAGUUCGACGCCGGUUUCUUCAAUAUCCAGCCCAGUGAGGUUGACGCCAUGGACCCGCAGCAACGAGUGCUGCUGGAAGUCGUGUACGACAGUCUUUGCGCCGCAGGCCAGCCCAUGGAGAAGCUUCGCGGAUCCGACACCGCUGUCUACGUGGGAAUGAUGUCUGAUGACUGGAACACCAUGGUAACUCGAGAUUUGGAGACGUUGCCGAGAUACACUGCCACGGGUUUGGAACGAGGUAUUAUGGCAAACCGCAUCUCUUUUUUCUUCGGCUGGCAUGGCCCGAGUAUGACGCUUGACACUGCAUGCUCCAGUAGUUUGGUUGCGUUGGAUCUGGCCGUUCAGGUAGUGCGAAGCGGCAAGUCUAAUGUGGCUGUGGCAGCAGGAGCAAAUUUGAUCUUGAGUCCUGCCAUGUACAUUUCUGAGAGUAAUCUCGGCAUGCUCUCUCCUAAUGGUCGUUGUGCCAUGUGGGACGCCGCUGCGGAUGGGUAUGCGCGUGGUGAGGGUGUUGCAACCGUGAUCGUGAAGAGGCUCUCGCAGGCUCUGGCAGACAACGACCCGAUCGAGUGCAUUAUUCGUGAAACAGCGGUCAACCAGGACGGUCGGACUCCAGGUUUGACAAUGCCCAGCAAUGUAGCACAGGCUGCUCUGAUCCGCGAAUGUUAUGCCCGCGCAGGGCUCGACCCCAUUAACAACCUUCGAGACCGCCCCCAGUUCUUCCAUGCCCACGGAACUGGGACUCAGGCGGGUGACCCCCAGGAAGCGGAGGCGAUUUCUAGUGCCCUGUUCCCCGCCGGGUCGCAUGCCGCGCAGGAAGCGCAGAAGUUGCUCGUCGGCUCAAUCAAGACGGUCAUUGGCCAUACGGAGAGCACAGCAGGUCUGGCCAGUCUCAUCAGCACGUCUUUGGCACUGCAGCGCGGUGUGAUACCGCCAAAUCUCCAUUUCCAGAAUUUGAGCUCCAAGGUUGCCCCAUUUUUCGAACAUUUGCAAAUCCCUACGACAGCAACUCCAUGGUCGAUUAACGAGGGUCAGAUUCGGAGGGCAAGUGUCAAUAGCUUUGGCUUUGGAGGCACGAACGCCCACUGCAUCUUAGAAGAAUAUGUUCCAGAUCCCAAGGUGAUCAACUCAACAUCCUCUUGUGCUCUUUUCACCCCUCUUGUCUUCUCCGCUGCCUCCGGAUUAGCUCUUCGCAAGAUGAUUUCUCAGCAUCUGGACUAUCUUAAGGCUCACCCGGAUAUCGCGUUGUCGGAUUUUGCAUACACCCUACAGCAUCGACGCUCGACGCUUCCCUACCGCAAACACAUUGCCGUGCCGACUAUCGAAGACGCCAUUAUUGCAAUGGAGGCGUUAGUCAGCCCAUCAAAAGAUACAGAAGACCUUAGCAGCCGCUUUAGCACCUUGCCCCGACCGGCAAACAUCCUGGGCAUAUUUACUGGCCAGGGCGCCCAGUGGCCACGGAUGGGGGCUCAGCUCAUGGAGUCUUCUCCAUUCGUUGCCUCGCGUAUUGCCGAACUAGACAAUGCACUUCAAAGUCUUCCGUCUGUGGCAGACCGACCGGACUGGACUAUACGUGACCAGUUGCGCGCGGGUAAGGAGACUUCCCGCGUUGCAGAAGCAGCUUUCUCGCAACCCCUUUGCUCUGCAGUGCAGAUCAUUCUUGUCGAUAUCUUGCGAGCAGCUGGCAUCCUGUUUACUGCCGUUGUAGGACAUUCAUCUGGUGAAAUUGGUGCUGCUUAUGCUGCAGGUUUUCUGUCUACCCAGGAUGCCAUUCGUAUUGCCUAUUUCCGUGGCAUGCACGCAAAACUGGCUGGAAGUCCCAACUUGCAUGCGCCCCGCGGCGCCAUGAUGGCGGUUGGCGCGUCCGCAGAUGAGGCUCACGCCAUCUGCACAGAGCGGUUUGAAGGCCGGUUGCAACUUGCUGCGGUGAACUCCAGCGCCAGUGUAACUCUGAGUGGGGACGAAGAUGCCGUGGAUGAGGCCGAGCAAUUGUUCAAGGCUCGGGGAACAUUUGCUCGCAAGCUGAAGGUCGACACAGCCUACCACAGCACCCAUAUGUUCUCUUGCGCCGGGCCAUACCUUGAAUCACUCGAAAGAUGUGGGAUUCAGCCUACCCAGCCAUCGAAGGACACGAACACAGUGUGGUACUCGAGCGUGUUCGAAGGCGAGGCCAUGGAUCACUCUCGCGUGACGAGCCAAUACUGGGUCGACAAUAUGUGCAAUACUGUCCUUUUUGCUGAUGCCCUGAACGAAGCCGUCAGAAACGUCGGCUCCUUCAACCUGACUAUCGAGGUCGGGCCCCAUCCUGCGUUGAAAGGCCCGUCCAGCGCGACCAUCGGUGCAGAGACAUUUAUACCGUACACGGGGCUGCUGUCUCGUGAUCAAGACGAUGCCAGCCAGGUCAGUACAGCACUUGGAUUUAUCUGGACUCAGCUUGGAGCGGAUAGUGUGCAGUUCUCUGCCGUAGAGAGACUGUUGUCCGGCAAUGCAGAGAAGAGAACCGUCCUGAGGGACCUUCCUCUCUAUCCUUUUGAGCACCAACGCGAAUACUGGACCAGCAGUCGACUUGCCAACCACUUCAAGCAACGAGGCCCUACGCAUUUGCCAAACCCAUUGCUAGGAUCACCAUGCUCUGAAGCGGUCACACCGGGAGAGUUCCAGUGGCGGAAUAUCCUGCAGCAGAGCGAGAUGCCGUGGCUUAGUGGCCACGCGCUGCAGGGACAGACGGUAUUCCCAGCUACGGGCUAUGCAUCUAUGGCGUUCGAAGCCAUGAGGUCUCUCGCACUAGAUGCCAACCCGGAUUCCACGAUUUGUCUUAUGAAACUUGCCAAUCUAGAGAUCCCUCGAGCAAUUGCCUUCGACGACGACUCUAUGGCUGUCGAAACAAUCUUCAGCGUGUCCUCGGUGGAUAUAACUGAUGUGACUGUGACAGCCGAAUGGGCAUGUUACUCAGUGGGCAACACUGGGAAGAUUAAUUUGAACGCCAAAGGCCACGCAUUCGCGCAACUGGCCACCGCUGUCCCGGACGCCCUUCCUCUCAUUAAGACAGAUUCAUACGAUCUGGUGCCAGUAGAUGAAGAGCAUUUCUAUGAUAACCUGACUCGAGUGGGGUACAAUUACUCCCGCCCCUUCCGUGGUGUCUCGGGCAUCUGUCGCAAGCCUGGAUACAGCGUGGGCACGCUCUUCGAUCAGUCACAAUCAGAGGAUGGCAAUCUAGUCCUCCAUCCUGGUCUCCUUGAUUCUGCCUUGCAAACGAUCUUCGCAGCCUGGUCAUACCCCGGUGAUACGCAGAUAUGGUCUCUCCAUGUGCCGGUGUCAAUUGCUAGUAUCACCAUCAACCCCUAUUUCACAUCACUCAGACCCGGUGGCAAGCAGAGCGCCAUGCGCUACGAGACGUAUAUUCGCAGCAACAUGGCGGCAAAGGUCGUAGGCGAUAUCUACCUCCGUACGGAAGAUUCGACGCAUUCCUUUAUUCAAAUUGAGGGCGCUACACUCGUGCCCUUCGCCCCGGCCACAUCUAAGAAUGACCUGCCCAUGUUUUCGCGCUUCGAAUACCCCGUUGCUUUCCCGGAUGGACAGCUAGCAGGAGCCGGAGAGACAAUGCUCGAUUAUGAGGUGCAGCUUUACAGGGAUGUUGACAGGAUUUCCUACUGGUACCUGCGCCAUACCUCGCUUACGAUCCCGCCCGAAGAGCGCGAUGGUCUACUACCACACUUCCAGAGAUAUUUGGCGUGGUGCGACCGUAUGGUGAACAUGGUUAGCCGAGGCGCCCAUUAUAAGGUACCUGCCUCCUGCAACGAGGACACGCGCGAGGAUAUUAGCAAGAUCCUCUCUCGCUAUGAAGACCGUAAGGAUGUCCGUUUUGUACAGGUCGUCGGUGAUAAUCUAGUCCCCGUUAUUCGUGAGGGUAACUCGAUGCUUGAGCACAUGAAUCAGGACGGUCUCCUUCGUGCCUUCUACGAAGAAGGGGCUAUUUGCUCUGGUCCGACUGCUCGCUGGUUAGCCCGUGUUAUUGCCCAGAUCUCUAAACGCCAUCCGGGUUUAAAUAUCUUCGAAGUCGGGGCUGGUACGGGAGCCACCACAUCUGCUGUCCUGGAUGCUCUCAACGGCGGGUAUGCGUCGUAUACUUUCACUGAUAUCUCUAGUGGCUUCUUUAUGGCGGCCGAGGAGCGCUUUGGUCAGGACACUCACCGCAUGGUGUUUAAGACUUUCAACAUGGAAGAAGAUCCUACCGGCCAAGGGUUUGUAGAAGACUCUUAUGAUGUAGUAGUGGCAGUGAAUGUCUUACACGUUUCCAGGGAUAUUGAAGCAUCCCUGUCUAACGUCCGACGGCUGCUAAAGCCCGGCGGUUUCCUUGUCGUGGCUGAGCUUACCUCCACCGAGUUGCUUUUCAGUGGAAUGACAGUGGGCACAUUACCCGGCUGGUGGAUUGGGGCUGAAACCGGCCGUCCCUGGGGUCCGCUGCUCACUCUGAGCCAGUGGGAUAGUGUGCUGGGAAACACAGGAUUCGCGGGCAUUGACACCGUCACCCCGGAUAUUAGUGCUUCGUUAUCAAUGAGCGUGUUUGUGGCUCAAGCUGUCGACGAUCGUGUGAUGCUGCUGCGCAAUCCUCUCUCGGUUAAGGCGCAUCCUGCUGGUAUCCGAACUGACGCGCUGGUUAUUAUCGGCGGAACAACUUGGCCGAUCUACAAGCUCAGACGAGAUAUAUCUGACAUAAUGGAGAAGCGUUUCCAUUCCAAGGUGUUUUUCGACACCGUGGAAGACUUUGCUGCAUCUGACAUGGCCAAGGGGGCAGCCAUACCCGGAGGAGUCACCAUCUUAUCCCUUACCGACCUUGACCGGCCGUACUUGGAAAACCUCACGCCUGAAAAAUUCGAGGCGCUCAGGGCCUGUACUACUGCGAGAGUCUUGAUUUGGGUCACCUGUGGCUCGCGCGAAGAACAGCCAUACAGCUACAUGAUGACAGGAAUUGCCCGCACCAUCCGGACGGAGAACCCAGGUUUGAAUAUUCUAAACUUUGACCUGGACCCUGCCCUGCCAAACGGUAUCCAAACCAACACUGCCACAGAGCUUUCGGUAGUGAUCCUUCGGCAAUUGGCACUGACCCAUUGGGGUAGCGAUACGCUGCUGUGGACGUUGGAGCCCGAGAUGUUCGUGCGCAAUGGACGACAAGUCGUGACUCGGAUACUCCCUGAUCGCGAGAAGAAUGAAAGAUACAAUUCUCAACGGCGCACUGUCUUCACGCAUGCUAACCCAGCAAAAGACACUGUACAGCUAGUUGGUAUUGGGCGCGGUGAUGAGCGAGCUCUAGAGAUUCGCCAAGUCUCCCCUUUGGCCUUGACCGUUCCACCGGUGACUGAAUAUCGCACUGUCCGCAUCACCCAGACUUCACUACAGAGCGUGGCUGUUGGAGCUGCUGGCUUCGCUCGCGUGUGUUCUGGAGUUGAUACCGCAACUAACGAGCAUGUUCUAGCUCUGACCGGUUCAAGCAAGUCCCUAGCUACAGUGCCUUUCGAAUGGUGCAUUACUGUUCCAACGGCGCCAACCCCUUCCAAAAUUGCCACCGUAACCGCCUAUCUUAUCGCAGAGCACAUCCUGUCCUUUACAUCCCAGGGCAGCACUCUGCUUGUCAACGAGCCUGAUGCACUUGUGCAGUCAGCGAUCCAAGCAAAGGCCUCGUGUGCGAAUGUCGAUGUUGUUUUCACUACGGCCAAACUUACCCAAACACAAGAUGGUCGCUCCGUACUCCUCCAUCCCAGUUUCCCUCAGCGCAUCAUACAGUCCAUGGUGUCACAUUGCUCUGUUUUCGUCCAUUUCUCCCGUGGUACAACCUCCGAUGAAGUUCGAGAUGCUAUCGUCCAGACUUUGAGUCCAGCAUGUCUUCGGGUUAGCGAGGAGGUACUACUGAGCCACGAGGUCAACGCAGUAUCUAGUUCAAAGGAUCCAGGACAGCUGCUGCAAAGGUGCUACGAUGGUGUUUCUCUCGAUGCGUUGCCUGUAAGCUGUAUUGAUCUAAGUAGCGUCCCCAGUCACAAGGUCAUUCGCGAGCCCCUGGCUGUCAUAGACUGGACAAGCUCUCAGUCUGUACUGGCCAAGGUGCAGUCAAUCGACUCAGGCCCCCUCUUUAAAGGCGACCGGUCAUAUCUCUUCGUUGGUAUGGCUGGUGAGUUGGGUCAGUCCCUGGCUGGAUGGAUUAUCGCCCAUGGAGCCCGCUUCGUUGUUCUCUCUAGCCGCUGCCCGAAGGUUAAUCCCCGCUUUGUUGAUGAGAUGGAGACUCGAUACGGAGCCGUCGUCAAAGUUGUUUCCCUGGACAUCACCUCACUGGAGUCUCUUCAAUCGAUCCGUGUUUCUAUGACCGCGGUACUACCACCCAUUGCUGGUAUCGUCAACGGUGCCAUGGUUCUAGAUGAUGAGCUCUUCGCAAACAUGACACACGAGCAGUUUGCGCGCGUCAUGAAACCCAAGGUGUUAGGCACGCAGCUGCUCGACGAUGCCUUCUAUGACACCGAACUCGAUUUCUUCAUCGUCGCCUCCAGUAUUGCAUCCAUUAUUGGAUGGAGCGGACAGAGCAACUACUCGGCUGCGAACGAAUUCUCGACCUCCUUCGUCAACAAGAGGCGCAAGCGCGGUGUUGCUGCCUCCGUGAUGAACAUUCCCGCUGUUCUUGGCGUUGGUUACGCGGCUCACUCUGACACUUUUGACUUUGACUACUUCCAGUCGCUAGGUUACAUCAACAUAAGCGAGGAAGAUCUACACAUCCUUUUUGCAGAGACUAUCCUUUCCGGACGCCCAGGGCCAGCGACAGAUGCCCAGGCCCAGGUGGUAAUGGGCAUCAACUACAUUCCACCGGAUCUAGACGUCAAGGAAGUGCAUCGCCGUGACGUUAAGUUCAGCCACUUCAUCCUCCGCGAGGAAGCCAGGUCCGAAGAACAGACCGUUGAGACAGCUGUCCGUGUUCGGGUCCAGCUGCAGACAGCCACCAGCGCCGAAGCGGCUUGCUCAAUUAUCCGGGACGCAUUCUUAGCGCAUCUCAAACGUAUGCUCCGUAUAACCGAGGACCAGAAGAUCGAUGAGUCUGUGGCACUGGUCGAGCAGGGCGUUGACUCCCUCGUGGCAGUUGACAUCCGGGCCUGGUUCUUGAAGGAAUUGGGGGCCGAUGUUCCCACCCUUAAGGUUAUGGGCGGUGGAUCCAUUUCCGAGUUGGUGAAGAUAGCCGUUGCGCAGAUGCCCUCUCUAGAGCAGAGCGCCGAACCAGAGCCGGCGGUGCCAGCUGUUAAGGAGACAUCAUAUCUUUCCCCGCCUAGGUUUGAUGCAGGCGUGUCCCAAUCCAUCUCUGAGAAGACGCUUAUUUCUGCUUCCCCGUUGACCGUGAGUCCCAUCUUCACUCCGACGGAGACGCAGGGUACUACGCCUUCGCUUUCGGAUGCUGGGGCUGGUCGUGCGCCAUCCCCUUCGAGUGAUUACUUUAAGAGACCUGGUGCCAAGCAGGAUGGCUCUGAGCCGGAGUCACUCAGAGAUGUGGAGAAUGGGGCUGCCUAAGAGUGUAUAUAUAACUUGUAAUGCUUGAUGGCGUAUUUCUACUAUACAGCCUAA